AUGUCGUCGGGGGACUUCCACUUCCACGACGAGCUGGCGUCGCUGUUCGCGCAGCGGCCGUCGCCGGGAGAGAUGAUGACGCAGCAGCAGCAGGCGCCGGCGUCGUGGUUCGCGGACUACCUGCACACGGGCGCCCCAGGCAUGGGCGGGAUGGACUACGACCUGCUGUUCCGCGCGCUGGACCUGCCGCUGCCGGGGGACGACGUCGUCAAGAGGGAGCUGCUGCUGGUGGACACAGGCGGAGGCGGGGGAGGCGGCUUCGCCGCGCCCACGCCCACGCCCACGCCCAGCGGGGGCGGCACGGCGCCGGUCACGCCCAACACGACGUCGUCCAUGUCCUCCUCGUCCAGCGAGGCGGCGGGCGGCGCCGCCGGAGGAGGAGGAGGAAGCUUUGGUGCUGGGGAGGAGGACUCGCCGCAUCGGGGGAGGUGCAAGAAGGAGGAAGGGGAUGGGGAGGAGGACGCUGACAAGAGCAAGAAAGGGUCAGCAGCGGCGGGGAAGGGCAAGGGCAAGGGCGAGAAGCGGCAGCGGCUGCCGCGCUUCGCCUUCAUGACCAAGAGCGAGGUCGACCACCUCGAGGACGGCUACCGGUGGCGCAAGUACGGCCAGAAGGCCGUCAAGAACAGCCCAUACCCCAGGAGCUACUACCGGUGCACGACGCAGAAGUGCCCCGUGAAGAAGCGGGUGGAGCGGUCGUACCAGGACCCGGCGGUGGUGAUCACCACGUACGAGGGCAAGCACACGCACCCCAUCCCGGCCACGCUCCGUGGCAGCACCCACCUCCUCGCCGCGCAGUUGCACGGCGGUCACCACCACCUCGGCGCCUUCCCGCCGCCGCCCCCGCUCCCGCAGAUGGGCGCGCCGUUCGGGCGGGCAGGCGGCGGCGGCGGAGGAGGAGGCGUCGUCGACAUGCUGGGGCUCCUGCCUCCGCGCAACAACCACGCCAUGCCGCCGGCGAUAGGCCUCGCGUCGUCCCGCGGCAUGAGCGGCGGUCCGAUGAGCGCCGUGGCAGCAGGCGCGACGACGACGGCCGCCACCACCGCCACCACUACCUCGUCGUCUCCUCCCUCGCUCCAGAUGCAGCACUUCAUGGCGCAGGACUUUGGGCUCCUGCAGGACAUGCUGCCGUCCUUCGUCCACAACAAUGGCGGCAACAUCCAGCUCUGA